AUGGUGUUGUUCAAUGGGCGAGGCAAGGUUGCGGCUUGGUGUCUUCUAGUAUUCGACGGCGCCUUCCUUAUCCUCGGUAUUGUCUGCGCAGUUCUAGAUAUCUUGUUCUUCGAAUCGGGAUUGUUCGCCGUUCCGGCUCUCCUGUUGCUCUGCGUGCCCGCGGCAUUAGGCCUUUGGCUAGGGCUGCACAGUUUGUGGCAUUCUCAGUCCGCGUUACGGUCUCUCCCACUGUCCGUGCAGCGUCGCCUAUUGGACGACGACGGAAAUACUGGUCUUUACACUGACAGUGAAGACAAUAGCCCCGAGGAUGUACAUCAGGAAGACACUUGUCUGUUGGCGGACGACGGUGACGGUCCCCUGGCACAAGCGUUUCGGGCGUCCGUCCAGCACGAUGCUUUGGUCAGCAGCAACCAUCCAGCAUCCUCGCCGACAAAUUUGCCUGAUAUUACAACUGCCGGCCCGUCGUCUCAGGGAAAUAUUCAAAGCAACGCACCGCCCCAGAGGAACCUGUCCGAGGAUGCAAAGCGGAAGAGCGUGAUCGACGGCACUACUGAUAGGGGCGCUACAGAUCAGAAUAUGACAUCUUCAUCCUUGCCCACUCAUGACGCAGAUUCAGUUCAACUUGUGAGUAGGACCAGGAGGCACCAGCUGAUGAUCAAUGUAUAG